GCAUCUCUGCUUGUGCACUGAAGUGCUUGAAUUUUGUUGUCCUGUAAUUCUAAGGGAAGACUGGCAAUGAAGAGAACCUAUGAAGGGAACAUCUCCAGGGAAAACAGAAACAGGAUUCCAGCAACGAUGUCGAAGCACCACGAUGCAGGGACCGCUUUCAUCCAGACCCAGCAGCUGCACGCUGCCAUGGCCGACACCUUCCUGGAGCACAUGUGUCGCUUGGACAUUGACUCUGAGCCGACCAUUGCGCGAAACACCGGCAUCAUCUGCACCAUUGGGCCAGCCUCCCGCACRGUGGAGAAGCUGAAGGAAAUGAUUAAAUCUGGAAUGAAUGUUGCCCGCCUCAACUUCUCCCACGGCACCCACGAGUAUCAUGAGGGCACAAUCAAGAACGUGCGAGAAGCUACAGAGAGCUUUGCCUCUGACCCAAUCACCUACAGACCUGUGGCUAUUGCACUGGAUACAAAGGGACCUGAAAUCCGAACUGGACUCAUCAAGGGAAGUGGCACAGCAGAAGUGGAGCUCAAGAAGGGCGAGACUCUCAAAGUGACCCUGGAUGAUGCCUACAUGGAGAAGUGCGAUGAGCACGUGCUGUGGCUGGACUACAAGAACCUCAUCAAAGUUGUGGAUGUCGGCAGCAAAAUCUACGUGGAUGAUGGUCUGAUUUCCCUGCUGGUUAAGGAGAAAGGCAAGGACCAUGUCAUCACGGAGGUCGAGAACGGCGGCAUGCUUGGCAGCAAGAAGGGAGUGAACCUGCCCGGCGCUGCCGUGGACCUGCCCGCUGUCUCCGAAAAGGACAUUCAGGACCUAAAGUUUGGCGUGGAGCAGAACGUAGAUAUGGUGUUUGCUUCCUUCAUCCGCAAGGCUGCUGAUGUCCAUGCUGUCAGGAAGGUGCUCGGGGAAAAGGGAAAGCAUAUCAAGAUCAUCAGCAAGAUUGAGAACCACGAGGGUGUGCGCAGGUUUGAUGAGAUCAUGGAGGCCAGCGAUGGCAUCAUGGUGGCUCGUGGUGACCUGGGCAUUGAAAUCCCUGCUGAAAAAGUCUUCCUUGCCCAGAAGAUGAUGAUUGGGCGCUGCAACAGGGCUGGCAAACCCAUCAUUUGUGCCACUCAGAUGCUGGAGAGCAUGAUCAAGAAGCCGCGGCCAACCCGCGCCGAGGGCAGCGACGUGGCGAACGCCGUCCUGGACGGAGCCGACUGCAUCAUGCUGUCCGGGGAGACCGCCAAGGGCGACUACCCGCUGGAGGCCGUGCGCAUGCAGCACGCUAUCGCCCGYGAGGCCGAGGCUGCCAUGUAUCAUCGCCAGCUCUUCGAAGAAAUUUUCCGCCUCACGGUUCACAACAGGGACCCUGCCGAUGCCAUGGCCGUAGGCGCAGUGGAGGCCUCUUUUAAGUGCUUAGCUGCAGCAAUCAUAGUUCUGACCGAGCAUGGCAGGUCGGCCCACCUGGUGUCGCGGUACCGCCCGCGGGCGCCCAUCAUCGCGGUGACGCGCAGCGGGCAGACGGCGCGCCAGGCCCACCUCUACCGGGGCGUCUUCCCCGUGCUCUGCAAAGAGCCAGCCCAUGACGCCUGGGCCGAGGACGUGGAUCUCCGCGUGAACCUGGGCAUGAACGUCGGUAAAGCCCGUGGAUUCUUCAAGAGCGGCGACUUGGUCGUGGUCCUCACUGGCUGGCGCCCUGGCUCUGGCUACACCAACACCAUGCGCGUGGUGCCCGUCCCCUAAACGGCCCACGCGAGUAGCGACCUGUUCCUUCCCCCUUCUCCACGCCCUUCCCCUUGCAUUAGACCAGCAAUUGCUUGCUACGUUCUCCUUGUCUGUAGAGUGGAUUUAGGUUGCUAAACGCCACCGAGAGCAGCAGCAGGGGGAAAAGACCUUAAAUCACUAAAAAUACUUGAAGUGUUUAGUUUUUUUAAGAAAACCCCUCUCCCUGUAGUUGAGUACUGCCCCGAUGUAUGUUGGAGCCAGCGCAGGAGGUUGCUGCACGUGCGUGGGACGCGUGUCCCCGUGGCCCCGUCCCUGUCCUSCGGGUGGGAGGGCGCCUUUCCUGGCCUGUCCGCGGGGCGAUGUGGGGAGAAGGGGAGGAGACGGCUCCAGGGUGGGUGGUUCCCGUGUCACACUCCAUGGUAGGUGCCCUGCAGCCCUAGGGGCGGCCCCGCUGCUGUCCCCGCGCUCGCCGCCCCGGGCUGGCGCUCUGCUCUCGCUCUCCACACUCCCGGCCCCACGGCGGGGGGCGGCYCCUCCACACCACCCUCGGGGUCCCCUGGGGCCCCAGCUUGAGGCUGGCUGCUCUUUGUGCCCCUCGGGCKCAUGCAGAGGCUGUUACACUGGAGACGGAAACCUGCCCCGAGCCCAAACCUGGGCUAGGCCUGGGCCGCUGCGCUCAGGYUUGGCGGGGCAGGGGAUGGCACAAGGACAGGGUGCCCCCGUGCCCGAACUCCCCAUGCUCCCCGCACCCCGUCUGCGAGCCGGGCCCCCUCCCCGAGCGCCCUCUCCCUCGCUGUGCAUCCGGACAAGCCGUUGGCUCCGACAGGCGCCUGGGGUUGUAGAGCACAACGUCUACGUCAAUAAAGACAAGCUGAAGCACC